UAUGCUCUAAGUUGUCACUGCAAACGUCUUCUUCUUCCAAAAUCACUUCAGUGAAGACCAUGUAGUGGAUCAGAAGACUAAAGAAAAGUGGGCUAGAAAGGUUCAGUUGUUUCACAUCAAGCUAAAGGAAUGAGGAGUACGCGAUUCCCUAUACGCUAUUUGAUUGUCAUUUUGACCUUCAUCUGCACCUCUGUAUGUUACAUCGAACGUGUGGGCUUUUCAAUUGCAUACACAAUUGCUGCAGAUGCUGCAGGAGUUAGUCAGUCGAGCAAAGGCACUAUACUGUCAACAUUUUAUUAUGGGUAUGCUUUUUCACAGGUCCCUGGUGGGUGGGCAGCACAAAAGAUUGGGGGAAGGCGUAUUCUACUUUUUUCAUUUGUGAUAUGGUCUCUAACUUGUGCCUUGUGUCCAUUAGAUCCAAAUAGAGUUUUGGCUCUAAUUAUAACUCGCCUGCUUGUUGGGGUAGCUCAAGGCUUUAUCUUUCCCUCUAUUCACACCGUUUUGGCACAGUGGGUUCCCCCACAUGAAAGGUCAAGGUCUCUUUCUGUCACAACAUCCGGAAUGUACCUAGGUGCUGCUAUGGGAAUGCUUCUCCUCCCGAGCUUAGUGAAGUUUAAGGGCCCACAAUCUGUAUUUCUUGCUGAGUCAGCAUUAGGUGGCACAUGGUCUCUGCUUUGGCUAAGAUUUGCCAGUGAUCCACCUCGUUCGGAUCAUCCAAAAGCAACUGCAGCUGGUUUUGGAGAAUCUUUGUUGCCAAUCAGAGAGACUCAAAAGUUGAAGGCAGAUAGAACUAGUCAAAUCCCAUGGAGGAAAAUUUUUCUCAGCCUACCAGUUUGGGCUAUUGUCGUCAAUAAUUUUACAUUCCAUUAUGCUUUGUAUGUGCUUAUGAAUUGGUUGCCUACAUAUUUUGAACUUGGCUUGAAGUUCAGUCUUCAGGAAAUGGGUUCGUCUAAGAUGAUGCCAUAUCUGAACAUGUUCAUUUUCUCAAAUAUUGGUGGGAUUAUUGCUGACCACAUGGUAACGAGGAGAAUCUUGACUGUGACAAAUACACGAAAGGUUUUGAAUACUGUAGGUUUUCUAGUGUCUGCGUUCUCAUUAAUGGCGCUUCCUCUUUUUAGAACAUCAUGUGGGGUGGUAUUUUGUUCUUCCAUGGCUCUUGGUUUCUUGGCAUUAGGAAGAGCUGGAUUUGCGGUGAAUCACAUGGAUAUUGCUCCUCGAUAUGCUGGGAUUGUGAUGGGAGUCUCUAAUACAGCUGGUACUUUAGCUGGUAUUAUCGGGGUUGAGCUUACCGGCCAGCUUCUUGAAGCUGCAAAAGUGAAUAAUUCAGAUCUUUCAAGUCCUGAUAGCUGGAGGGCAGUCUUUCUAAUACCAGGAUUGCUCUGCAUUGCAAGUUCUUCUGUUUUCCUCUUCUUUUCAACCGGGGAGAGAAUAUUUGAUUGAGGUUGGUUUGUUCCACAUAAUGCACAGUUUGUGGUUUUAUUUGAUAUCGGAUAUGAUAUACAGAAGCAUGUCGAUACAUCCCGAUUGAAUCUUCCUCUAUCAUCACCAUUUUUUCUGGCACCGUACUUUAUCCAACAGAGAUGUAUAUUAAAGUUUACAACCAAAAAAAUUAUAUUGUGAAGUUAGUGAAUUAGAUAGUUGCCCUAUAUUCAUUUUCUAGAUUUGUUUGCCUGUAUCUGUUGUAUGGUGAAGCGCAGUCUUAUAUGUAUAGGACAUGGUAUGGUAGGUGAAAGUUUAUGGUUUUGAAGAAUUGGAAUUUAGAGUUGAAAAUGGUGUGCGAAUGAGGGCAUCCUAGGCCUAGCAGUAACGCUGAGUAACUGUAAAUGUGAGCUGGAGACGUUUAUUUCGUGUCUCUGGAUCCUGUA